AAAAGAAAAAGUCGUCCUCUUCUUCCCUCCAGGCCGCCAGGGAUAUAAGAGACGGUCAAAGUAGAAUUCCUGAUAUUUCAUAGAACUCCCAGGGGCAAAUCCGUAGUUUACCAUAGCAAAGAAAAAGGCAUCUUCUUUCCUUUUUCCGUGUAAACGCUUUGAAGGGAAAAAAAAAAAACCAGCCGUUGCAGAGCUGACCAUUAUUAGCGAUAGUGCGUCUUUUGAAGAAUCGAAAACCACUUCUUUUUAAUUUACCAAAUUACCCUUCCAUUCUCUUCUUUCUCUCUCUAGCCAAGCCAUGGACGAGAGCUCGCAGAGCAAGGUGACGCGGUGUCUGUCGGAGCGUAAGAAGGAAAACCCAGAUAAGAAAAUGGAUUUUCCCGACAAGGGCAUCGAUUUUCUGAGAGAAUCGGAGCUGGGAAAGCCGUCGAAAGCGAGGAAUUCGGGAUCUCAGGAGCUGACUCUGAGCUACCUUUGCGAGAACUCGAAGCAGGCUUUUCUCGAGCAAGACUUUUCCGGGAAAAACCCCCUCUUAGAAAGGUCCCACAAAGGAAAGGAAGUUCUCGAAGGCGACGGCGAUAAUGAUGAUAAAUGGGUCGAGAGGGAUUUCCUCAAUCUCAACAACUCCUCUUCGAAACGAGAAAUCGAUGACGAAGAAGAAGAAGAGAUGGAGAGAGAAAGUAAAGAUAAAAGGCAGAAGCUUGAGACUCUCAAUCUCUCUCUAGCUCUGCCCGACGUUUCUCUCUCUCUAACGGCUUCGAAUGCUCUUCACAAGCCCACUCGGAGCGUACAAUCGCUGACGUAUAAUUCGAACGAUUACACGGCUGCGGCUUCUCUGUCUUACUCUCACUCUCACCCUUUUUCGCACAACCCCAGUUGCUCUCUGACCCGGAAUUCGACCGAGAAUUAUGAGUAUUCUGUUGGGAAAGACGACCAAAUUUGGAACUGUGGAGAAGGGACUAAUGGGUCUGUUCACAGUCGGUUCAAGCCUAUUGGAGAUGGUCAUAUUGGUGUUCUUGGCCUUUAUUCCUUAAUGCAAGGUAAUAAUAACAAUAAGAAAGAUUCUGAUAAUAAUGUUAAUAAUCACUCGUUUUUCCCUUCUGAAUUACCUGCUAGGCCAGUUAGGAUUGUUGAGAAUAAUAGUACCAAUAAUAAUAAUAAUAAUAAUUUUACUCAGUCUGGGGAUUCUAGAGGAAAGGCAGGUUCUGAGAAUUUGAGGGGUUUAGAUAGGCCUAGAAAGAAGGUGUCAAGACCUGAGAGAAUUGUGAGGGAGAUUGUUUCUGAGUCUGUGCCUGUUAUGGCUCAGACAAUUCAGGAGCUUUCGGAGGAGACUAUUAUGUUAGCUAAGGAGUAUUUGAGGAGUCUCAUUUCUGAGAAGAAAGAUGAGCUGGUGAAUCUCCAGACCCGGCUCGAAAGACGGUCUGAUCUUACAAAGGAGACCCUGUCAAAGUGCCAGAAGGACCAGUUGGAGAUCCUUGUUGCUGUGAAAUUGGGUCUUGUGAGCUUCUUGUCGGCGAAAAACCGGCUGCCGAGCAGCGAGCUGGUCGAGGUUUUCUUGUUUAUGAGGUGUAGGAAUGUGAAUUGUAAGAGUUUAUUGCCUGUUGACGAUUGCGACUGCAAGAUCUGCUCUGGGAAUAAAGGGUUUUGCAGCACGUGCAUGUGUCCGGUGUGCUUGAACUUUGACUGUGCAAGCAAUACUUGUAGUUGGGUGGGGUGUGACGUGUGUUCGCAUUGGUGCCAUGCCUCUUGUGGGAUUCAAAGGAAUCUCAUCAAGCCGGGUCCUAGCUUGAAGGGUCCCUCGGGUACUAGCGAGAUGCAGUUUCAUUGCAUUGGCUGCGGUCAUGCCUCGGAGAUGUUUGGUUUUGUUAAGGAUGUGUUUCUCUGCUGUGCAAAGGAUUGGGCUCUUGAGACCUUCCUUAAGGAGCUCGACUGUGUGAGGAAGAUCUUCAGGGGAAGUGAUGAUUUCAAAGGCAAGGAGUUGUACCAUAAGGCCGAGGAGAUCAUUACGAAACUGGGAAGUAAAUUGAUGUCGCCUAAAGAUGCCUGCAGUUUCAUUACUCAGUUCUUUAACUACACAGAUGGCUUGGCAGACUUUCCUUCUUCGGGUUUAUCCGCAAAAGAGUUGGUAACAAAUCAAUCCAGUCUUAGGAAAGAUGCGACCCCUGUUCCGCAACCUGCAUCUUUACCGGCUAAGUACGCUGCUUACAACAUGAGUUCUAGCUUACAACGAGACAUGCUGCCAAAUGACCUCCGUCACAGUGACCUCAAGGCUUCGCUCUUGAGCUCCGAAGAUGACUUCAGAUUCAGGUCCUUAUCAAAACCAGAUGGGUUUGACAGCCUAGAAAGCAUUGUGCGGAUCAAGGAAGCGGAAGCUAGAAUGUUCCAGACCAAAGCAGAUGAGGCUCGGAGAGAAGCGGAGGAAUACCAUCGAGUGAUCAGGGCGACGAUGGAGAAGAUGGAAGGAGAAUAUGCUGAAAAGCUCACCAAACUCCGCUUGCAAGAGACUGAGGAAAGAAGAAGGAAGAAACUUGAAGAGCUGAAGGUCUUGGAGAAUUCACAUUGUGACUAUUACAAGAUGAAGAUAAGAAUGCAAGCUGAGAUUACUGGCUUAUUGGAGAGAAUGGAGGCCACAAAGCAGCAAUGGGUGUAAUUUAUAUAUGGUUUUUAUUUUAUUUUAUUUUUUAAUAUUCUUAACUGAUUGCUGUAAUUGGUGUGUAGCUUGUUGAUGUCACUGCGAUUUUGGACUCAAAAGAGUUGUUGAUUGUUUUAGUUGUGACCAAAUUUCCCUAUCCUUUUCUUGGCAAAGAGACCAUAAAAAGCAAAACAAAAUUCAUCAUCAAUGAGCUCUGUAAUGUUGCCUGCAAAUUACAAUGAAAUCUUUUUGUGC